UGACGUGGCCUGUAUGGAAUGGGGAAGUGGAGCUGUAUUGUUUUGGUAGCUCCCAUCGCUGUUCAGCUCAACAAACUGAGUGUCUCAGAAUGGGACUUUUCGGGAAAACAAACGAAAGACCACCCAAAGACUUGAUCAACGAAUGGUCCCUGAAAAUACGGAAAGAAAUGCGGGUGAUUGACAGGCAAAUCCGAGACAUUCAGAGGGAGGAGGAGAAGGUGAAGAGGUCGAUCAAAGAUGCAGCUAAGAAGGGACAAAAGGACGUGUGCAUCAUUCUCGCCAAAGAGAUGAUUCAGUCGAAGAAGGCUGUCAGCAAACUUUAUGCCUCCAAAGCCCAAAUGAACUCAGUGCUUCUCAGUAUGAAGAAUCAGUUGUCUGUAUUAAGAGUGGCUGGUGCACUUCAGAAAAGCACAGAAGUCAUGAAGGCCAUGCAGAGCUUGAUUAAAGUCCCAGAGAUCCAGGCUACCAUGAGGGAACUCUCGAAGGAGAUGAUGAAGGCUGGUAUCAUCGAAGAAAUGCUGGAGGACACGUUUGAGAGCAUGGAGGAUGGGGAGGAAAUGGAGGAAGCAGCAGAGGCUGAGAUUGAUAGGAUCCUCUUUGAGAUCACAGCUGGUGCUCUUGGAAAAGCUCCCAGCAAAGUCACAGAUGCUCUUCCUGAGCCAGAGCCUGAACGUGGGGCUACAGCAGCUUCAGAGGAAGAAGAAGAAGAAGAAGACAUUGAAGAAAUGCAGUCCAGGCUAGCAGCACUGAGGAGCUAAAAGAACAUAUUCUCCUCUCUCUGUCUACUCUAAAGCUCUAAAGGCAUAGACCUCAUCUCAGUUAUAUUGAAUUGCUUUCUCCUUGAUUGUCUCGUUUUCUCAGCAGCCUAAGUAAUAAUUGUACACAGAAAACGAGACUAGGAGAAAUGUUAAUCUGGCUAUGGAAUGAAGAACUUUGUCUCACUGUGGGGUCAAAUUAACAGCAAUUUCAAGCAUUCUAGAGCAGUACGGUUAUGGGUGCAUGGUAAUUUCAAUCUGUUUGUUUUCAAAAAGCAUUUGAUUAAAAUGUGAGCGAUUUCUGCUUUAAAUAGUAAUAUGAGUUUAAACCAUGCUGAAUCUAGCUGUGCAACAUGACCAAGGUUCUGUUUUACAGUGCAGUCAUCUUGGUGUGGAUAUUUGUCCUUCUUUGUUAUAUUUACUGUGGUUUCUCAAGCCUUAUUUGGGGUCUAAAGUGAAUGCUUCUUCUCUUUACAACCAUUCUUUAGUUUGGCUUUAUUGACUAGGAGAAAUUCACGAUAGCCGCUGUAUGCAAAUCUUGUAUAUAUAGAUAUUGAUAAGUGUAUUUAUAUAAAUUUUGUAAGUAAAGCCCUUGUAACUGUGUAAGUGGUUCACUGAUCUGGCUGGCAGGGUUGAUGAAACCAGUGAAAUGUUGCGGUGACUGUGGCAACUGUCUACCUUUCACACCUGCAUCAGAACCAAUAUUCAUACAGCAUGUCAGAGUGGAAAAUCACUCCUAACUUACUGUAAAAUCAGAAGCAGAUUUUGCACUUAGGAAUAAAGUUUAUUAAUCCAGAAGUUUUUGUGAGAUGGCCUAUUAGCUUGGAUUCACAGAGGUUUCUAGAAAAUCUGCUGGUGAAAUUGAAGAGAUGUUUGAAAACGUGGAAAUUGGCAUUGUCAAACCCAAAGGUUUUAACUGACUGUCUCAUCAUACUUGAUGGUAACUGUUUAUAGACACAUGACAGUGAGUCAUUUCUCAGAAUGACAUUGUAAAAUGGGCUAAGUUGCUGGUAGGAGUCGAUCCUCCUCCUAAUGCAGAGUGGCCUCCUAGUGCCUCAUAUAAAAAAAUGACUAACUCCUAACUUCACACUUUAAUGUUUAAUGGGUACUUGCCUUGGGUCACAGUUCUGUCUUUGUUUCCGUUCCAUAUCUCUGUUUCAGCUUGUGUUCUGGAAUCAGCUUUUUUUUUAAUUGUUUGUUUAAUGUACAGGACAUAUUUCAUUAACAUGGUUGCUUUGUAAAACACUAGCAGUAACAGUUUCGUGAUGUGAGACUGAGUUGUUAAUCACAAAUUCUUUCAGCACAUACUGCAGUGUGUGCCCGUUGGGCCUUCCUUUUAGGGCCAUCUUGCAGAUCUAUGUAGAAAACAUAUAAGCACUAAUGUUAGAUUGCAUAGGCAGCUUAUUGGCAUGACUCAGCAAACUCAAACCCAUCCAUUUUUGUUAAGUCAGAUGACUUUCAGGUGGCUUUAAAUGUAGUCUACAAGGACAUUGCCAUCCCUUCAUGAAGAUACAUAUAUAACUAACUUGUGGACAGUAGCGUUUACCCUGAUCACAAGGAUUUUAUACCAAUCCAGUCUGAUUCACAUUUAAUUAUGGUUCAUUAUUGUUUCCUGAAAGUAUUUUGUAUAGUCGUUGAUGGAUUGAGUGCUUUGCUUCAUUUAGGUCCUUUAAAAAGAAAUGUACACUCCUGUGCAGAAGUUUGUUUUAUAUGUGUGUAAAACAUGAGGAAGUGUAGAAAUAAACUUUUAAGAAGAAAUUAAAGGGAUUUUUCCAUUUGA